CGCAAUUCUAUUGGCUCGUUCUCCAGGACCUGGAUGAAGGGAUAAAAUGUGGGGCUGAGGGGCUUUAUGUCACCAUUUAACAUCACCUAUUACUGAUAGCAGCCUUGCUCCGCUCUGUUGAUCGCAGUAGUCUCGAUGUGUCGUCUGCUUGUUGCUUUUUCAAAAUGCGUCUCCACUUGUUGGGCAAACCCUUUCUUUUCUUUUCGGAUGGCCUCCCGCCGUACCCCAUUUCUGCAGACCCUGCCUUUUCCAGCGAUCCAUGCAUCAUCACGAGGAUGUGCCGUUCCUUCCAGCAUUCCGGGUCGAUCGUGGCUUGAAUCUAGACGGGAGAUCUUCACGAUGCCGGGAUGUCAAAGGAAUUUGCCGAACCCAUGAAGAGGUCAAUGCUGAAGAAAGUGUGUCGCUCUUUGACCGCCACGAGGCAUAUGUUCACGCACGAGAUGAGGAUGAGAUAUAUGGAU